UAACUUCCGGCAAACGACUAGCUAGCAGAAGGUGAAAGUGCUUGUGUGUGUUUAUUUUUUUUAAAACAAACUUUGGCCUUGUUUUGAGUUUUUAGACAGAAACAGCGGCAGAGGACGAUUCGUUAGAAACGAGUGACAAGACGCCGGUUUGAUUUUCUGAAACCUGGAGCUGGAAAGUGUCGACUUAAAGCGAACUAACGCUCGGAGCAGCUAACCGGCUAGCCCGCUCAGGUAACGCCUGGUACUUGGAGACAGAAGCCCAGAAUCCGGACGCUGUGUGUCGGGGAUUUAAACCGUAACAUCUCACCAGCCAGGCUCCGUACCGUUUCUCUUGUGGCUGUGGGGGAGCAGAGUCCUGUUUCAUGUGAGCACUGGGCCGGUUUCGACAGUUUAAUGGGAGGCGGCUUGCUUUGGAGGAGUGGACACUGCGGGCGUCAGCUGCGAGGAAAGCGGAGGUCCUGGCUCCCUGUCGGGCUCAGAUGGAGUCUCUGGCCGGGUACGUGUACAAGGCAGCCAGCGAGGGCCGAGUCCUGACCCUGGCCGCGCUGCUGCUCAACCACUCCGAGGCGGAGACCCAGUACCUGCUGAGCUAUGUGACCCAGCUCGCCGGGCAGAGGUCCACCCCUCUGAUCAUCGCAGCCCGGAACGGACACGACAAGGUGGUCCGGCUGCUCCUGGACCACUACAGAGUGGAUACCGAACAGACCGGCACAGUUCGGUUUGACGGCUACGUCAUAGAUGGUGCCACCGCUCUGUGGUGUGCAGCAGGAGCGGGGCAUUUUGAGGUGGUGCGCCUGCUGGUGACUCACCAUGCCAACGUUAACCACACCACCAUCACCAACUCCACCCCGCUGCGGGCCGCCUGCUUCGACGGGCGCCUGGACAUCGUGCGCUACCUGGUGGAGCACAACGCGGACAUCAGCAUCACUAACAAGUACAACAACACCUGCCUGAUGAUCGCUGCCUAUAAGGGCCACACGGACGUAGUUAAAUUCCUGCUGGAGCAGGGGGCCAACCCCAACGCCAAGGCGCACUGCGGGGCCACUGCCCUGCACUUUGCAGCGGAGGCGGGACAUCUGGAGAUUGUAAAAGAACUGGUGCGCUGUCAGGCAGCCAUGGUGGUGAACGGACAUGGCAUGACGCCGCUGAAAGUCGCUGCAGAGAGCUGUAAAGCUGAUGUGGUGGAGCUGCUGCUGGCACACGCCGACUGCGACCCCAGCAGCCGCAUCGAGGCCCUGGAGCUGCUGGGCGCCUCGUUCGCCAACGACCGGGAAAACUACGACAUCCAGAAGACGUACCAGUACCUGCAUGCGGCCAUGACGGAACGCUACCACGACCCAGAAAACAUCAUCGCCAAAGAGCUGCUGCCGCCCAUCGAGGCCUAUGGGGGGCGUAGGGAGUGUCGGACUCCACAGGACCUGGAGGCCAUCCGGGUGGACCGGGACGCUCUGCACAUGGAGGGGUUGAUGAUACGGGAGCGUAUUUUAGGCUCGGACAAUAUCGACGUGUCACACCCCAUCAUCUACCGCGGUGCCGUCUACGCUGAUAACAUGGAGUUUGAACAGUGCAUCAAACUGUGGCUCCAUGCGCUUCGCCUGAGGCAGAAAGGAAACAGGAACACACACAAGGACCUGCUGCGCUUCGCCCAGGUGUUCUCCCAGAUGGUCCACCUGAAGGAGCAGGUGACGGCCUCGGCUGUGGAGCAGGUGCUGAGCUGUAGCGUGUUGGAGAUUCAGCGCAGCAUGGCUCGGGUGGAGGCGGCGGCCGAGUCCGAGCUGCCGCAGGCCAUGGACAAUUACGAGUCGAACGUUUUUACCUUCCUGUACCUGGCCUGCAUCUCCACCAAAACCAUCUGCAGCGACGAGGAGCGCGCCCGCAUCAACAAGCACAUCUACGACCUGAUCCAGCUGGACCCGCGGUCACGCGAAGGCUCCUCUCUGCUCCACCUGGCCAUCAGCUCCACCACACCGGUCGACGACUUCCACACCAACGACGUCUGCAGCUUCCCCAACGCCCAGGUCACCAAGCUGCUGCUGGACUGCGGCGCGCAGGUCAACGCCAUCGACCACGAGGGCAACACCCCGCUGCACGUCAUCGUCCAGUACAACCGGCCGAUCAGCGACUUCCUCACGCUGCACGCCAUCAUCAUCAACCUGGUGGAGGCCGGCGCUCACACGGACAUGACCAACAAGCAGAAGAAGACGCCGCUGGACAAGAGCACCACGGGCGUGUCGGAGAUCCUGCUGAAGACGCAGAUGAAGAUGAGCCUCAAGUGCCUGGCGGCGCGCGCCGUCCGGCAGCACCAGAUCACCUACCGCAACCAGAUCCCCAAAACGCUGGAGGAGUUUGUGGAGUUCCACUGAGACAGACCUGAGAGCUGAAGGCUCAGAACCAAGGACAGACUCUUUGUUCUUUUUAAAGAAUUUCUUAUAAUUUUCUAACAAAUCCAAAAGGUGCUGAGGAUGAUGGGUCAGUACUAAAAGUCUUUGAGCAUUUUUAUAUAAAAAAAGUGGGUUGCUUUUUUUCUAUUUUAAGUAUUAAUUGCUCAGUACCAGCAGCCAGAGUUGGCAGUCUGUCUGUCUGUCUGUCUGUGUCUCUACGGCGGACAUGCACAUGGCCGCCACAGCUCAUUCGCUGAGAGGAAACUUCAGCUGCAGCUCUCUGAAGGUCCAGUUCAGACCUGCAGCAGGUUUGUGCUGUGAGAACAGAGCGAGAGGACGGCAGUCACGUCGGCGCGCUGCUUCUUGUUUUGCCUUAUCUCCACGCCAGGGGAGCCGUCACGUACGCCGCCAUGCUGCUGUGAUUCUGCAGUGCGGGUGUGAAGGAGAGACGAUCGGACUGAAUGAACGGAUGGACGAGCGUCUGUAGUGAAGCCAACAGACAAACAACCUCACCUGCUUCAUCCCACAGAUCAUUUUAAUAUGAGAGAUAUUUUCACUGGGUUUGGAACAGCACACAAGGAUCUGACUGCUGGACAGAACUUUACUAACAAGAGUUUUAGUUAAUUAUAUUUUAAAAGGUUAUUUUAAAGGGUUUGCUGGUAACAGUUAUUGGUGAAAAUGUUUUUUUUUUGUUUCACUGAAACUAAACUAUAUGGCCCAAAGUAUGCAGACACACCUGUAACUGUAGCUCCAGUGAAAGGAAAUGUAAAUGCUUCAGCAUACAGCAAUAUUUUAAACCACAGGUUCCCAACUUUAAUGUGUCCAUAACUGAAGAGUGAUUCCUCCCUCCUCAAACUGUGUGAUUUUAAUAAUUGGAAAAAGGUCAAUUACACAAGAACAAAGGGAAAUCAUUUGCAAAUACUGAGAAAAUCAAAAAAAGUUUUAGAGUUAUGUUUUGUUUAAUAGGAUGACAGUUAGGAGAGGAAGAUCUAGAAGAUCUAGACCCGCACAGUGUUCAGGUGUCCACAUACUUUUGGCCACAUAGUGCACAGUUUCCAGUCGUCAAAAAUAUGAAGCUGAUUUCCUGAGAACACGGUACAGAGAUUUGAUGAUUGUCUGUAGAUGCUCGUGCAUGAGCUCUUAUUUUGAAACGUGUGAGGGUGGAAAUCCCCGUCUGUUGAAUAAAACAGUGAAGUCUAAGACGUCGAGGACGAUGUCACAUGGUUUACAUUUUCCCACAGUGCUGCUGCAGCUUCAGCUUCGUCGUUCUUGCUUUGUUCAGUGUGUCUACAGAAACAUGAAGAGGUUUUAAAAGACCCAGGACCCUGUUUAAUGGUCUGAUACCUGAGAUCCACAGAGACUCAGCUCUGAUUAUGUGAUGCGUCACAAUCAUUACCCACUUAGCUACAGAAUGCUAAAAUAAGACCUGUUUCUAUAGAUAAGCAUCAAGAACCAGAAGAACUUAUUUUUAGACUGUUUAUACAACUGAACACUGAUUCUUUAAAUUAUUGAUUCUUUUUUUUUUCUUUUGACUGCAACUGCUCAUUAAUUCUCUCUCAAGGUCUUAUUAUUCCUUGGGUCUACAGUAUUUUCUACCAGGUCUGACUCUCAUCAAGUCCCUGUCAUGUUAGAUCUAUUUUUAAGAAAGUUUUUCCAUGUUUGUAAUCAGCUCCAUGGAGACCUUUAAUCUGUCUAAAUGAUAAGUCGGAGCAGGAAAACUGAUUCAGUAGAAAUUCCAACAGGACACCAGAGAUUUGUGGAUCAUCUUAACUUAUUAAAAACAUUGUGACUUCCUCAGACUCGCUGCUGGGAUUUCUACUGAACUGAUCGUCAACUCAUCACUGGUUUUUAUUGAUCAAUGAAUCUGUUGAUUGUUUUUCUUGAUUGAAAAAGGCUAGGUGUCUUCAAAAUGUCUUGUUUUGUCUGGUCAACAGUCCAUAACUCAAACUAAUAUAUUUCCCAUCAGCCAAUCCUCACAGCUGAGCAGCUGGAACCAGGAAGUUUGAAAAAUGACACUGAUCUGAACUGAGUCAUUAACCUGGGCUUAUUUAUAACUUUAAUUACUUGCAAAUGGUGAAAGCUGAACGGACUUCUUAAUCUUUUGCUCCUUUAGGUUUGUCUGACUGAGAGAAUCUGUGUUUAGUGUUUGCAGACAAAGAAAAGAAGCGUGUUGCUGUUGUGUGGAAAAACCUCGUUAACUCUGUUUGAGUCGGAGGGAUUAGAAACUCCUCUGAGGCCUGAUUAAUCUGGAACCAGCCGUGGUCUUUACGAAGCUCAUUAAAAACCCUCUGGAUCGCACAUUAAACACGCCGCAGUCGAGCUCAGAAUAAAAAUCAGUGUCAAAUGUGAGUUUUUCACAGAGUUCACAAUGAGAUAACAAGGUGGAGAGCGGCACAUGCAGGGUGAGGGUCUUUAACAGUCUCACCAGCAGAGGUGAACACACACCUUUUUCUUUUCUCUCCACAACAGAUCAUGCUAAUCCAUGAUCUGUAGAGGAGCUGAUAGGUGGAUCUUGCUCCGUCAGGUUAGGCUAGCUGUUUUCUUCUGUUUCCAGUCUUUAUGCUAAGCUAAGCUAGCUGUUUCCUACUGCUGCAACACUGCUGGCAAAUAAGAUUCAGUCAAUCAACUAAUCAAUACUUCUACUAACUGUGUCAGCACUAAUUCUCUGGUUUCAGUUCCCUAAUUGUGAGGAUUUGCUGCUUUUCUCUGUUUUCUAUCAUUUUAACUGAAUGUCUUUGGGUUCUGGACAAAACAGGACAUUUAGAAAAAUCACUUUUUUUUUCUUUUUUUUUACAUUUCACGCACUAAAACGUGACUUGAGGUGAAAGUGAUCGUGAGUUGCAGUUCCUAAGUGCAGUGUGAUGUUGUGUCUGUGUCUGUUGUGGUGUUUGUAACAGACUGAUGAUGCUGCAGGUCGUAUGAGUGCACCUCUACUCUCUCUGUGCUCAGACAGAUUCACAGAGGGAACAUCUGGAUCAGUUUGUUUUCACCGCUUCACACUUCACAGCUCGACCACAUGGGAUGAAUCCAUCAGUGAGAUGAGCUGCUGCUGCUGCUGCAGACGUUCGUUUGAGGAUAAAUUUCUGCUCAUGUGCAGAUUAACCACCAGCAGAUUUCACGUCAGAUGAUUAAGUUGGAAAAACGUGGCUAACUUUUCACUCAGUAGUAACCUUCUCCUCCCAAUACUUUUUGUGUUAGUCCCCAGUGAGAAAACACUCCAUAUUUAUUUCUUGUUUGUAAUUUUUGAAGCUGCGGGACGCCUGAGCCUCAUAAAGGCAGACUGUGUGCCUCAAGUUGUCUUUUCCAUAUAAGAUUCGAUUGUGAAAAACACGGAUGAGUCAGGGUUUAAAUGAAAGAAACUAUUGAAGCUGUUUGUUGUAGAAACAGAAUGAAUCAUGAUUCUGCAGCUGUAGUUUUUCAAUUUCUCACCUCGGUUUUCUUCAGAAGCUGGAAUCAGGUGUGGGAAACAUCCGUGGACGUCCAUGUUUGCUCAGCAUUUGUAUUCAGUGUCUGGUUUUCUGAGGAAAAGCAGCAUUUGAGUUUAGAACUUGCCCACCAGCAUGCAAACGCAGCCUUUGUCCUGCUAAUCGGCUUUUUUUAAACUGUGUGACUGAGCAUCACAGGAGGUCAGAGGGGAUUUCUGCCUGGAUGUUGAAGGGUUUAAGGUGAUGAUAAUGUGCCAUUCAGAAUGCUAAUUUUAUGUUGAACUCAUCAGAGUUUUUAUUUAACACUGCAGGAGUGUUCCUGUGCUGACAGGGAGCUGGGGGGAGGUGUGACUUUCUGACCAGUUUUCUGUGGCUGAAAUGAAGCCAAAGAUUCUCCACAUGUAGGGAAACUUUAAGAAGAUGUCAGCCGUCACGUACUUCCUGCAGAAUGAAUGCUGUCAAAUUAAAAGUCUUCUGUCUGCAUUCA